AUGGAAGCUCCAGCACCACUGGGAGCGAAAUUUUCGAUGGAGUUGUCAAAGCUGGAUGAAGAAUUGGAAAGGAUCGAAGAUGAUAUAUGUACAUUGAAAAAACGGAAACACGAGUUACUGGAAAAGAAAGCACAGAUCGAAAGAUCGAAACUUUUACAGAUCGAAAAGCGUAUAGUUGAACGAAAUAUUGACAAUGAAAGGUCAUUUAGGAUUUGGGAUUCAGAUGACUUUCAAUGGGUGAAGGAGUGUCGCCGUGUAUUACGUGAUAUUUUUAAAUUGAAUGACUUUCGUCCUCUACAAAGAGCUGUUAUUAAUGCGGUAUUGUCGAAGGAGGACUGUUUGGUGGUGAUGAGUACUGGAAGCGGAAAAAGUCUUUGUUAUCAAUUGCCUGCUGUUGUUAUGAAUGGUAUUGUAAUGGUGGUAUCACCUUUGGUAGCCCUCAUCGAAGAUCAGUUACAUCAGUUAAAAAAACUAGGCAUUGAUGCAGCAACGCUUAAUCAGAUGACCGCGAAAGAGGAGAUAAGUCGAGUGCAAGCAGCACUUACUGAUUCAAAGGCUUCACUGCGUUUACUUUAUGUCACUCCGGAAAAAUUGGCAAAAAGUAAGCGGAUUAUGAAUCGUUUGGAAAAAUGUAAUGAAAUGAAGCGAUUAAAGUUGAUUGCAAUUGAUGAAGUACACUGCUGCUCGCAAUGGGGACAUGAUUUUCGACCAGAUUUUAAAUUUCUCAAUGUUUUAAAGCGUCAGUUUCAAACCGUGCCAUUGAUUGGACUAACUGCUACAGCCACUGCUGAUGUUAUUAGUGAUGUGAAAAACAUGUUGGGAAUUCCAGCAGCUGUGGAAUUCCGCGCUGGUUUCAAUCGGCCAAAUUUGCAUUACAGUGUUUGUCAGAAGCCAUCAUCUGAUGUUGAAUUCGUUGAUAUUUUGGUGAAGCUAAUUAAAACCCGAUUUACGGAGCUCAGUGGAAUUAUUUAUUGCUUUUCGCGUAAAGAGUGUGAGGAACUUACAAAAUCAUUGCGUACAAAUGGUAUAAAAGCGUCACAUUAUCACGCUUUUCUGGAUGCUGAUAAAAGGAACAUUACUCAUGAAAAAUGGCUGAGUGGAGCGAUUAAUGUUAUUGUAGCGACAGUAGCUUUUGGUAUGGGAAUUGAUAAGCCUGAUGUUCGUUACGUCAUACAUCACUCUUUACCUAAGUCGUUGGAGAAUUACUAUCAGGAAAGUGGGCGUGUCGGACGAGAUGGUAAUAAAGCGUAUUGUAUCUUGUAUUAUCGUUUAAAUGAUCUCUUUCGGCAAAGUACAAUGGUUUGCACGGAAAAAACUGGUGUACGGAAUUUAUAUUCCGUAUUAUCCUAUUGUACUCAGUCAUCGGAAUGUCGACGCUCAGUAAUAGCUGAGCAUUUCAAUGUGGAAUGGAAUUCAUCAAUGUGUGUCAAGAUGUGUGAUAUAUGUUCUCAAGCUAAUGAUAUUGAACGUGUGGAUGUGACCGAUUAUUGGCGAGUGAUGUUGAAAGUGUUGAAAAGUGUUCAAAAAACUGAUAGCGGUCGUAUAACGGGCAUGAAGCUGGUGGAGUUAACUUGGAAGAAAAUUAGUUCCGUAAAUCGAGAAUUGAUCGAACUUUUGGUUGCAAAGUUAAUUCUCGAUGGAUAUCUGAAAGAAGACUUCCAUUUUACACCAUAUUCAAUUAUUAGCUAUGUUGUACCAGGCGAAAAGAGCAUAGUAAUGGAGAAUAACUCGGAUUAUCGAAUUACCUUCUCCAUUCCUUCAAAACUGAUUUUCAUAAGUGGAAAAACGAUAACAUUUUCUCGUAAGAGGCUAUUUCUUAUUGAUGAUGAUGAUUGA